AUGCAAAAGAAAGACAACAAGGAAAAGACGUCGCAAGUGUUGGGGAAGCCAAAGGAGAUUAUAAAACCGCUCUCUGACGAACAUGUCGAGCGUAGAAAGACUCUUGAAGGGGAACUUGUUGCUACCGAGGAUGACAUUCUCGAAGCCAGGGAGCUGGCAGCCUCCAUGAGCAUGGAGCAAGUCCGGGCAAUGAUGAAGAAAGUCUUGGCCAUUCACGAUGGCGACCCAAACUUUCCCCGCGUCACCUUGCGCAAGAUUCAAGAGUUUAUAGAAAACGAAGACAUUGCCGAGAAUCCCGAAAAGCACGAGGAGAUCAUACAGGAGAUGAAGGUGGAAGCUGCUUUGAUCACCAACAACAGUCCUUACGCCGAGGUGCGCGCCGUCACCGACAACCAUGACGACCCCAGCACGCCCGUGUCGACGGUUCGUGCCUGGACCAUUGGCAUCGUCUUUUCCUGCUUCCUGGCUUUCGUCAACCAGCUCUUCUCUAUACGACAACCGCCCAUCCGCUUCGACACCAACAUGGCACAGCUGCUGGCCUACCCCGUCGGUAAAGCCUGGGAGAAGUGGAUGCCCCAAGCGGACAUGCGCAUUCCGUUCACCAGCCGAGUCGUCAACCUCAACCCCGGGAGGUUCAACAAGAAGGAACACAUGCUCAUCGCCAUCAUGGCAAACACGUCCCGAAGCCUGCCCUACACCCAGUACAUCAUCUGGACCCAAGUCUUGCCCCAGUACUUCAACCAACAGUACGCCCGCAGCUUCGCUUACAUCUUCCUCAACGCGUUCGCCACCAAUUUCAUCGGCUACGGCCUUGCCGGCAUCACCCGGAAGUUCCUGGUGUACCCGUCGUACUGCGUCUGGCCUCGAUCCCUGGUCACCAUCGCCCUCAACACUGCGCUGCACAAUGAAGAGAACCACCCUGUGGCGGGCCCCCUUGGCAAGACGUGGAACGUUUCGCGCUACCGGUUCUUCAUGGUGAUUUUCGCCGGCAUGUUUGUGUACUUUUGGUUCCCAAACUACAUUUUCCAGGUGCUCACCUACUUUGCGUGGAUGACUUGGAUUGCGCCAGACAAUGUGCACUUGAACGUCUUGGCGGGCAUGCAGAACGGUCUUGGACUGUUCAACCCUCUUUCCACAUUUGACUGGAACGUCAUCAACUUUAAUGAGACUGACCCCUUGAUGAUUCCGGCCUUCUCAACCUUCAACAUGGCCGGCGGCAUGUUUAUCGUAGGGCUUGCCAUUCUUUGCGCCUGGUACACCAACACUUGGAACACGGCGUACUUGCCCAUCAACAGCAACCGAAUCUACAAUCACUUUGGAAAGCUCUACAACGUGUCUCAUGCCCUCGACGAGCGCGGCAUGUUCAACUUGGAAAAGUACAACGACUACUCUGCUCCUUACAUGAGUGCCGCCUACUGCCUUGUCUACGGAUUUUACUUUUCCAUUUACUCUGCUGUGGUUACCCAUGUCGUUCUGUAUCAUCGAUAUGAGCUCAAGAUAGGUUUCAAGAACCUAUUCAAGGGCUUCAGGUGGGGAAGACGUGGGAGGAAUACCGAGGCUAAACGGGAGAAUGAGCACGUCGCCGACGGUGAAUACCUUGAUGUCCACAACCGGCUCAUGGCUGCCUAUCCCGAAGUUUCCGAGUGGUUCUACUUUGCUACGCUCGUCAUCUCCGUGAUUUGCGGUGUCCUUGGUAUUACGCUCUGGCCCACCUACACCUCGCCCGUCGUGAUCCUCUACGGCAUCUGGCUUUGCCUCAUGUUUAUCAUCCCCAUCGGUGUCGUGACUGCCAUGACGGGCAUCGAGGUGACGUUGAACGUGUUUGCCGAGUUUAUCGGAGGCAUCAUUGCCGAGGGCAAUGCUCUAGCCAUGAACUUUUUCAAGUCGUACGGAUACGUUACCUGUGCCCACGCACUUUCAUUCGCCAACGACUUGAAGAUUGCUCAUUAUGUCAAGAUCCCCCCCCGUGUCACGUUUGCCGGACAAAUGGUGGCCACCUUCGUCUCCACCAUUAUCUGCGCCGGAGUCAUCAAAUUCCAGAUGGACAUUCCUGGCGUCUGCACGUUGAACCCGCCCAUGCGUUUCAAGUGCCCGUCGCCCACCACCUUCUUCACUGCCUCGGUCCUCUGGGGAUCCAUUGGUCCCAUCAAGGUGUUUGGCAGAAACGGCCAGUACAAGUGGCUGCUUCUCGGUUUCCCCCUCGGAGUAGCUCUCGUCCUGGCCUUUUACGGUCUCAAGAAGCUGUUUCCAAACAGCCGCGUCUUGGGACAGGUCCACGUCGUCGCCGCCAUUGCUGGUGGUUUGCACUGGGCACCCUACAAUUUCUCCUACUCGUUCCCAGCUGUCCCAGUCGCCUGGCUAUCGUGGAUCUAUAUCCGCAGCCGAUAUCUCGACUUUUGGUCCAAGUACAACUUUGUUCUCUCGGCCGCCCUGUCCGCAGGCAUUGCCGUGUCUGCCAUCAUCAUGCUCUUCUCGGUCCAGUGGGUUGGCGCGGAAAUCAAGUGGUGGGGGAACGCGCAGCCUUCGGUUGGGUGCGAAGGCACGCCUUGUACGCUCAAGGCGCUGGCAAACGGGGAGAGGUUCUAUCCGUGGUGGGACGCAAGCAAGGUUCCCGCUCCCUGA